AUGGCUAGAUCAAAGAGCCUCGACCAAUAUGUCCCACCUCCUCAUCAUUGGCACAUGGUGACGCGCAAAAACUCGUGUCCAUCAAGAUACCGUCAAGCUUCUCCUGCGCGCGCACCCCGCCCGCCCGCACCACAAAACUUCCCGCCUGAAAAUCAGCACGACCCUCUCCACAUGAUCGACCUUGCGCUCGCAGUCCUAGAGGGCAGACAUGACCCUGGUGGAGAACACUACUGCUCCUGCCCUCUGGACUGGAGCACAACGUCAGAGCACCCGGCGGCAGAGCCCAUGAAGAGGGAGAGGGAGAGGAGGAGAGAGAGAGAGGCGGAGGCGGUGGAGGGAGAAGGGGAGGUGGAGGAACAGGGCCGGGUCACUCCGAGGAACGUUUCGGCGUACAGCCAGAACUCCAUCCAGGCGAGCCUUCAGGAGAACCCGGUCCGUACUCCCGCCAACCCGCAAUCGUCUGUGUCGACCGAAGGCACGUUCAGCAUGAGUCGCGCGGCGUUAUGGACCCGCCUCUCUCAGCCGGGUCCCCCCACACCCACGACUCCCACGAAGUCCAAAUCCGGCAAGGGUUAG